UUUGAGGUGCAUUAAAGAUUGUUUAUUUUCUUGUUUAGCCCUUCUGCUAACACGGAGGAGGGCGUGGUUUAUAAACCCGCCACCAGGGGGCGAUGGAGAGUAUAGCCCUUCCAUUGGGAAAGGAAGGUCUUUAAAUCAGUGGAUCGUUUUGAGGCUAAUCGACUCUUGAAAAGUCAUUAUUUUAAUCUUUCGUGCCUAAACAUUUUUAAAACGAGUUGUUUCCUUCGAUCGGGGGGGGUCAAAGGUCACGCCGGUGCUCCACGGCGCUCUUUUCCGUCGUACCUUUUUCGCUCAUCGACUCGCUUGCCUCAACGCAACAGUGCCUUAAUAACCCCGCGCACGCCCGGGUUUUUUUGCCGAGUUUCCCCCCGUUCCAUGUCGUGACCGUCAACCUGUUGACGGACAGCUGCGCCGAGAAAUCAUGGAUUUAUUUUUCAUUGCGUUUUAGAAUGAGAGAAACGCAGACUCAAAGAGCUCAGUCGGCGAGUCUCCUUUGAAUGCCGGCAGCUUGAGGCAAGGUGACCUUUUCAGGAACACACACACACACACACACACACACACACCUGUCUGCAGGCUGUAAUAACCAGCAGAGUGGAACCCUAACUGCUCUUUCUCCAACCUCACCUUCAAGCUUCCGACACGAGAACCGUGAUUCUUUAAAAAGAAAAAGUUUACACAAACGGGAGCGCCGUUAGUCAGCGGCACCGCGAAGCACCGAUGGCCGAGGGGAAACCGUACCGAUACGGGCUGAUAGCGGCGGGGCUGUGCGUGGCGGCCCUCGGCCUCUUCGUCAUGACUCAGGAGCGACCGCACGUCUACGGCGCCAUGUGCGCCCUGGGCGUCACCAUGGUGUGUAUCGGGACCGCGUGGAGCCUCUGCCAGUGCUAUCCCAAGGUCAUUUUGGCUCCUGAGAUUCAGGAGAAAAGUGGAGAGGAUGCGGUGUUUACUGCAGCAAGGCAUGCCGAGGCUCUGCUUCCUCCCGAAGCCCCGAUGAGCCACAGCUGUCCCGCACUGCACCUGGUCUGAAGGGGGGGGGGACUCCUCACGGGUCCGAUCCAAAACGCUCCACCGCACGGCGCCCUCGGCACGGAGACGAGAGCCUCGGGCGCUUUUUUUUUUUUU